CGCGGGUCAGAUCCCGAUGUGGGCGUGUUUACGCACGUCGAUCCUGUGACGCACGACAUUAUCGUGCAAGAUGUCACGCAUCUGCGCAAAGAAAAGACGGGAAAAGGCGAGGUGGCCAAGGGAGGCGGCAAGGUGACCUACGUCAAAGGCGAUGAUGUGCUCGAUAAUCACGGCAUGAAAUUAAAGUGGACCGACUUCUUGAUCAGCCCAGACAUGAUGUUUGUGCUCUUCAUCACCGACAGGUCCCAUCAGUGGCGCUAUUCGACUCGUUUCAAUCUCUGGCUGUACGACCUCACCACCAAAAAGACUGUGCCAAUUGGUGGUGGCCCUCACUAUCCGGCCAAGACAUCAGCCGCAUCUUGGGCUCCCAAAGGCAACUUCCUUGCGUAUGUGCAGGACAAUGACUUGUACACCCAGGAGCCUGGAGGCCAGCCGCACAGGAUCACCAAGGACGGCACAAGGGACAUUUUCAACGCCGUUCCUGAUUGGGUGUACGAGGAGGAGGUGUUCAACAGCGAGUCAGUCUAUUGGUGGUCCCCGUCGGGCACGAAGCUGGCUUAUUUGCGUCUCGACGAGACUGCGGUAUCCGUCUACUCGUUUCCGAUCUACAAUCCAGACAAGUGGACCACAGGUCUCACAACGCCAUACCUCACCAGCACCUCGAUGAAGUAUCCCAAAGCCGGAUUUCCAAAUCCCACCGUUAGUGCCCACGUCGUCGACGUCGCCGCCACGCCAUCUCUGAAUUUGCAAAAGGAGAGGCUCAUUACCGAGGUCACCUGGACCGGUGCCGACGAAGUUCUCCUGCGCGAGACGAAUCGCGUUAGUGAUCGAGCUCGCUUGCUGAGGUUUGUGCUCAGCAGCGAGGCGAUUCUCGGAAAGUCCGUCACUGGAAGUGUCGUCAGGCGCGACGAUGGGCGCACGAAGCUGCACUUGGGAGGAGGCUGGAUCACAGCUUUCCAGGAGAAGCAGCCGCUGGGAGCGAUGGACCUCGCGCUUCAGAGCACGGCAUACUUGGACAUUCUUCCCACCAAAGGAGGCUUUAGACACCUCGCAUUUUUUGCCAAUUCUAGUGUGGAGCAGCCACUUUUCAUCACCCAGGGCGAGUGGGAGGUGGAUCAGCUGCUACAUGCAGAUCUCAAGCGGCAGCGCGCAUACUUUUUGGCUGCGAGUCCAACACCUUCUCAGCGGCAUGUGUACCUGGUUGGCUUGCCAGACAUCACUUCACAGCAGACGGUCAGCCGGUACAGAAUUCGCCCGCCUAUUCCCUUGACAGACAUCCACAAGCCGGGAUGGCAUUCUGCCUCCUUCGACCCCAAGGGAGCGUACUACAUUCUCACCAAGCAAGGUCCCGACGUGCCAUCCGUCCGAGUGCUUGGUCUCGACGAUCCCAAGUUCGAGCUGGUGCUGCAGGACAAUGCGGACCUGCGAAAAACGCUGACCAGGUACGUGGCGCCUUCGAACGUCUUUUACACUAUCGAGGUGGGAGACAAGAAGGACGUCAUUGUCAGCGUGCGCGAAAUACGUCCGCACGAUUUCGAUGCCAGCGGACAGACGCGCUACCCCGUCCUGGUCAACGUGUAUGGCGGACCAAACUCGCAGACGGUCAAGUCCGAAUUUGACCUUGCCGGUUGGCACACGUACCUGGCGACGUCGCUCGGCUACAUCGUCAUCAACAUCGACGGCAGGGGCACGGGCUUCCGAGGCAGGCAGUAUCGCUGUCGCGUCACAAAUCGUCUUGGCGUGUACGAGACGGACGAUGUGGUGGACGCCAUGCGAGAGAUUAGAAAGUUGCCCUACGUCGAUGAGAGCAGGACAGGAAUCUGGGGCUGGAGCUAUGGAGGCUAUCUGACCAGCAAAGUGAUUCAAGCCGACUCGGGCAUGUUCGGUCUCGGCAUGGCUGUAGCGCCGGUCAGCAAGUGGGAAUUUUACGACUCUAUAUAUACGGAGCGGUACAUGAAGAUGCCCUCGCAAAAUCGUGCAGGCUAUGCAAACUCCUCGGUGAUGAUCUCGGACGGCUUCCGUCAUGCUCGAUACCUGCUGGCGCAAGGCUCAGGCGACGAUAAUGUCCAUUUCGAGAGCUCGGCUCACCUUCUCGAUAUCCUCACCAAAGCGCAGAUCCGAAAUUUUCAGUUUCGCAUGUUUACGGACUCGGCGCACUCGAUCAGUGUCCGCGGCGCGUACCGAGAGCUGCACGAGUUCCUCAUCCGCUUCUUGGUCUUGAAUUGGGGGCCAGGCGGACUGCGAAAACGAUCCAUCGAGGCGCGCAUGAGCGACGAGGAACGUCAAAAGAGGGACAUGGAGUGGGUGCGACGGGAAGCUGCUGCUCGUGCGAAGGAGAAGAGGCGAGCCAGCGCUGGAGAUUUGUGA